UACUAUUGGUGUCACACCAACAAUUAUUUCUUUAACCGCUGGGAUGAGUUUGGCCCGGUGUGGAACAACACAAAUUAUAUCACUUCCACAUACGGAGCACUGUGCUAUGAUCAGUGUGCUACCAGGGGAUAUAAAUACUACUGGUGCCACACGAGGAAAGGUUGGGACUACUGCUCGCCAAGACCGAAUACGGAUUACCAAAAUAACCCGUGCGAGGCCACUCACCCCUGCACCAAGCACGAUAAGAGUUACUACUGGUGCAACUUAGAGAAGGGUGGCUCAGGCUACUGCGGCCUCCAGACUCCCAAGACGUCGUUUUUCAGGAGUUCAAAGUACAAAGAGUUGUGCAGAGACAACUGCGAAUACGACAGCCAAAAAGGGUACUACUUUUGCUACACAAGUAAGGGCCGGGACUACUGCUCUCUUUGGCCUGAUGUAACCUAUAAGGACGUUUCCUGUCGAGACGACCACUCUUGUGACCUACAUGGCGAGAACUACUACUGGUGUAAAACCAAAGACUCCUGGGACUACUGUGGCGUGGUCGAGGGGUUCGAGUGCCAGUGCAGCCACGGGUUAAGGACCAAGCGGCAGGUGCAAGAACACGUCUUGUGUCGUUGCGUGGACCUUGGGAACAGGCGGCAGGUCGAUUUUUACAUUAAUCCUGAUACAAAGAUAGCCGGAGAAGGGACACAGUUCCGGAAUGACAUCAAGAAGAUAAUCUCAAGGUGGAACAAUACUUUCCUGACCACCAAACAGAAAACGUUGCUUUCUGAGAAGAAUUUUCGCAUCGACAUGCAGGGCAUGGUCAACCGGGAGAACCAGCCGUACUACAACGUACAGAUACAAAGGAACGGGAAUAAGAAAAAGGGAGAAGGCACAACUUACUCCCAAGUGCUGGUUCCUAAAGACCUAACGGGGGUCCCAACUCGAUACGUACGGAAUGCGUUACUUGAGAGUUACCAAAAAUCAGCCGGAGUCACUAUAAAAGUCUCCCGGCUUCAACGCCGGAGGCGAGAAUAG